AUGCCCCGCGCCUCUUUUCGCCUCUCCGUCAACUUUCCGCACAAUGGACCUCCCGAGCACGCUCGACAUCAGAGACACCCCUCCCUGGCCAUGCCCGGUCAUCCGCACUCACCGUCACACACACACCGAGUAAACUGUUUGAAACAGAUGUUUUUGUACCAGUUACAUCUGUCCUUCACCAAAUGUUACUCAAACUCGUUAACACAAGAAUUACCACCAACAAUCCUGUAUCGCCUAACCCCAAUUAAUCAUCGCAUUUUAGUUCAAAACUUGCAAAAGGCCGAGAUGAGCGGAUUGAGCGAACAGCGCCUGGACAAGCUCGAUGUGGCGGCCUUGACGCCCCUGACCCCCGAGGUCAUCAGCCGUCAGGCGACCAUCAACAUCGGUACCAUUGGUCAUGUGGCGCACGGCAAGUCCACCCUCGUCAAAUCCAUCUCGGGCGUGCAAACCGUCCGUUUCAAAAACGAACUCCGCCGUAACAUUACCAUCAAGCUCGGUUACGCCAAUGCCAAGAUCUACAGAUGCAACAAGUGCCCCAACCUGAUGAAGUACAAAUCCCUGGGCAGUGGUAACCCCGAUGCGCCCAAGUGCAAUGUUCCUGGCUGCGACGGAACGCUCGCGCUCAAGCGCCACGUGUCUUUUGUCGAUUGCCCUGGUCACGAUAUCCUCAUGGCUACCAUGCUUAACGGCGCGGCUGUCAUGGACGCCGCCUUGUUGCUGAUUGCCGGCAACGAAUCCUGCCCUCAGCCCCAGACCUCGGAGCAUUUGGCUGCCAUUGAGAUUAUGAAGUUGAAGCACAUUAUCAUUCUGCAGAACAAGAUUGAUCUCGUCAAGGAGGCACAAGCCAAGGAGCAGCACGGGCAGAUUGUUGACUUUGUCAAGGGAACCAUCGCCGAGAGCGCGCCCGUGGUCCCGAUUUCCGCUCAGCUGCGUUACAACAUUGAGGUCAUCAACGAGUACAUUUGCUCGCAGAUCCCUGUGCCCAAGCGUGACUUUAUCUCUCCCCCUCGUCUGAUUGUGAUCCGUUCUUUCGACGUCAACCGUCCCGGUUGCGAGGUUGAUGAUCUCAACGGCGGUGUUGCCGGUGGCAGUAUCCUGCAAGGCGUGCUCAAGCGCGGUCAGGAGAUUGAGGUGCGCCCAGGUAUCGUGUCCAAGGAUGACCAGGGCAAGCUCAAGUGCAUGCCGAUUCGCUCCGAGGUGUUGUCGCUCAAGGCCGAGAAGAACGAGCUCGAGUAUGCCGUUCCCGGCGGUCUUAUUGGUGUGGGUACUUUGAUCGACCCCACCAUCUGCCGUGCCGAUCGUCUGGUCGGUCAGGUUCUGGGCGAGGUGGGCCAGCUGCCCCCCGUUUACACGGAGCUCGAAAUCUCGUAUUAUCUGCUGCGUCGUCUUCUCGGUGUGCGUACCGAGGGUGACAAGAAGGCUGCCAAGGUCCAAAAGCUCAGCAAGAACGAGGUUCUCAUGGUCAACAUUGGUUCCCUUUCCACUGGUGGUCGCGUCCUGGCCGUCAAGGCUGAUUUGGCCAAGAUUGCUCUCACGCAGCCCGUCUGCACAGAGGAUGGCGAGCGCAUCGCUCUGAGCCGACGUGUCGAGAAGCACUGGCGCCUCAUUGGCUGGGGUCAGAUCAGGAAGGGCGUCAAGAUUGCCCUUGACACGGACAACGAGUAAAUACCAAACAGAACAAGAAGAAGAAGAAGAAGAAGCAACAGCCGCAGCAGCAAUCAAGUUAACAAAAAGAAGAAUCUGCUUUGAUCCGUGAAUGAGAGCACCAGGCUCUAGGGCACGACGUCUACCUUGUCUCGUGCCAGCCGCAUGCCUCUGCAGCCAUUGUGGCUCCCUCCUCGUGGGACGAGAUCUAGUUCUUGAAGGAGGAGGGCCUGCCAUCCAAGUCUCAUCCCUCUGAUCGUUCGCCUUUGCAUCAAUCCAACAACAAAAAUCGG